GGAACACUAGUUUCUUGAUAUUAAAAAUAUUGGUGAUAAUCUUGCUGCCAUCAAUGCCCCUGUGUCUCACCGGGAGUUGUUACGAUAUAUUUUACUUGGUCUUGAUCGGGAUUAUGAGUCUCUUAUCACGUCGGUGGACUUAUUUCCGGAUAGUUUUACUUUUGAAAAUCUUCAGACCAAGCUAGUCGAGAAGGAGCAGUCUCCAAUACAUGCGCUCUCAAGAAGAGUAUAAUCCCGCACAAGCUUUUGUGGGUCAUCUCCAGCAGCCCGCACAGCCGCAGCCAGGCGGCGUUCAGCCACAGCAGGGUGCUGGGCAGCAACCACAGGGUGUCGGACAGCAGCAGCCCGUUGGCGGGCAAGCACCUCGGGGACGCGGUCAGCGGGGUGGCCGCGGUGGCCGUGGUCAGCGGGGUGGCCGCGGUGGCCGUGGUCAGCGGGGUCGGGGCUACGGUCAGUAUCAGCCUGGCCAUGGUUAUGCUCCACACUUUGGUUAUGGUGAUCCUCCACCGGGCUACUUUCCAGGGGGUGCACCGCAUGGUGGCAUUCUUGGGGCUCCAGGUUUAGCGGGUCAUCCAGCCUCCAAAUGUCCCUCUCAUUAUGUUCAGCCGGCUGCACCUGCUCUUGCUGCUCAGGCUCCUGACGCUUCUGACAUGGUUUGGUAUCCUAAUUCAGGUGUCUCAGCGCAUAUGACUCCUCAUUCAGUUAUUUUGUCAAAUAAAUCCUUUUCUCUAAACUCUCAUUCUAUAGUUGUAGCAAACAGAACAACUCUCCUGGUUAAGCACACUGGUCAGGUAACAUUAUCAUCCUCUCCUAGGCCUCUCCACUUAAAAUAUGUUUUACAUGUUCCUCACAUUAAAUACAAUCUUUUGUCCAUUCAAAAAUUGUGUGCUGAUAACAACUAUGCUGUGAUUUUUGAUAAAAAUCAUUUUUUAAGGAUUUAACAACGAGGGUGGUCCUUCUUCGAGCUCUCAGUGAUAAUGGUGUCUAUCCCAUCCGUCAGCCUGCUCCUCCACUAGUUGCUCUUUCUGCUGCGUCUAUUUCCAUAUGCCAUAAUAGAUUAGGACAUUGCGGUACUCGUGUACUAGAUCAAUUAAGAAUGAAUAAUUUUAUUUCUGGCACUUCUGCUAAUAUUUCUGAUUGCAUUCCCUGUCGUUUGGGAAAAUCUCAACAGUUACCCUUUAAUAAAGUUUUUCAUAAUAGUCCUGUUGGGUUAAUGGCCCAACAAAGUCCGGCCCAUCAACCCAUAAGGACCUCCUAUGAACGUCCCCGGAAGUCCCACGAGGACCUUCUACGAACGUCCUGUUGGAGGCCCAAGACGAUGGGUUACCUGCUGCUGGUUCGGAAAGAGGUUCGUCCUGAAGAGGGUCAAGCUUCACCACCAAGGGUCAUGGGGGACAUACGUGCUCUAUUGUCAGCAGGUAUCAUGGCCCAAGAAUAGCUCAAGAUGCUCGUCUUGCGGGACUUCGGGUCUAGCAGGAAACAGGAGGCAAGCGCAUGGGGACGAACGUCCCCAACCCUUGGGUGCAUGCCAAGACUCCAACAGGAGACAGGAGCCAAGUGCCUAGGGACGAACGUCCCCACCCCUUGGCAGGAUGCCAAGACUCCAGCAGGAGAUAGAAGUCAAGUGCCUGGGAACGAACGUCCCCACCCCUUGGCAGGAUACCGAAACUCCGACAGGAGACAGGGAGCAAACGCAUGGGGAUGAACGUCCCCAUCCCUUGGCGGGAAACCAAGAUCUUGGCGGGAAGCGCAUUUAAUGCAGAAGAUUUGGUGGUUGGGAUCGUGCCGUCCACAGCCAUCCACGUCAACGCAUCCAACUACGCCUUGGUGAUAUAAAUAGAGGCAUUUAUUUCACUAUAAAGGGUUCACAUUUUAG